CGUUGUUCAGUGUGCAGAUUUCACCGGACUCUUCCCACCUCCUUCCCUCAUUCCUCUAUUUUGGCUCUCUCCCGCCUCCAGACCUUUGCUCUCCGAAGGGAGCAAGCAGCCCGCAUGCCGCAAGUCUCCUGCAAAGUAGGACAGGCUAGGGGGUGGGCCCAAGCCUUGCGUUUCAUAGGUUAUUAAAAAGCCCCAGUUCAUCCUCCGGCUGCUGCUACUUCUGGAGCCGCGUGGGGCUGCGUUUGACUCUCUGCAGGUCGCGGUCGCUGGUGCAUCUUCUGCCGCAGUGAAGAUAACGUUUGCCGGAUUUUUUUUUUUGAAAGGUGUCCGGGAGAAUAAUCUUUUUUUUUGUGGGGGGGGGGACGCAGACCCCAUCUUGAUUGUGGAUUACUUUGUUAAAUCUCCUCUGCAAUGGAAAACAUAUCAUCAACAAACAAUAUGGAAGAAAACCAAGAGGAAAGCAAGACUUCUAUGAUAAUAAGUAACAGCCAACUCUUGGAAGAAGUGAAAAAAGAAUUCAAGGAUUCAACCAGACGUAACACAAAAGAUUCUGAGAGGUCAUGCAGAAAAAGCUUCAGGUUGGACUAUAGGUUAGAGGAGGCCGUAACCAAAUCACAGAAAGGAAAAGAUGGAAGAUACGUCAAUCCUUGGCCCACAUGGAAAUAUCCAUCUUUUUCAGAUAUUUUGAAAUUUAUUAUGCUGGAAAAAAAUAACAGCAAAAUUCCACGUUGUAAGGAGGAACUGGACAGAGAACUUCCAGUGGUUUGCCCAUAUUUUGUUCAUAAACCUAAAGAAGCUGGAAUGAAGGAAGGUGGUUUACGUGUCACAUGGCUUGGACAUGCAACAGUUUUGGUGGAAAUGGAUGAAGUAAUAUUUCUCACUGACCCUAUUUUCAGCAUGCGGGCUUCACUGACACAGUUGGUUGGUCCAAAACGCUUUCGCAAUCCACCAUGCACAGUAGAGCAGCUUCCCAAAAUAGAUGCAGUUAUUAUCAGUCAUACCCACUAUGACCACUUGGACUAUAAUACCGUACUUAGUCUAAAUGAGCGCUUCGGUUGUGAGCUGAGGUGGUUUGUGCCUAUGGGUCUGUUAGAGUGGAUGCAGAAUUGUGGAUGUGAGAAUGUGAUGGAACUGGACUGGUGGGAAGAGAACUGCAUUCCUGGACGUGAUGAUGUCACCUUUGUCUUUACGCCUGCCCAGCACUGGUGUAAAAGAACUCCGGUAGAUGACAAUAAAGUUUUGUGGGGCAGCUGGUCUGUCUUGGGGCCCUGGAAUAGAUUUUUCUUUGCAGGAGACACUGGCUAUUGUACCGUGUUUGAAGAGAUAGGAAAUCGAUUUGGACCUUUUGAUCUCGCGGCUAUUCCCAUUGGAGCUUAUGAACCGAGAUGGUUUAUGAAAUACCAGCAUGUAGACCCUGAAGAAGCUGUAAGGAUUCACAUUGAUGUUCAAGCAAAGAAAUCUGUAGGAAUUCACUGGGGAACCUUUGCCUUAGCAAAUGAGUAUUACUUGGAUCCUCCAUUGAAACUGAAUGAAUCUCUAGAAAGGUAUGGAAUUAACAAUGAAGAUUUCUUCACCUUGAAGCAUGGAGAGUCAAGAGAUGUAAAGACUGACAAUGAAAACCUUGAAUAAAUGUGGAUGAUAAAGACUGAGAAUAAAUAUAAAUAUCAGAAGGCUUUUAAAAAAAAAGCAAAACCUCUUGCAGGAUUUGAAAUAGCAAAACAAAUGUAAAAAUUAAGAGAUAAAGAAAGGAUGAUUUUCUUUUAAAUUUAGAUAUAGAUCUCUCCAUGUUUGCAUUUUACUUUAUAAUAAUUUGCACAGGCUAGUUAAUAUAUACAUUGAAAUAUUAGAGAGUGAUAAAAAUCAUUAGAUUGGGUAAUGUAUAGAAUUUAAAUGUUAUCUGUCUAAAGCCAGAACACUGCAAUGUUUUUUUUUGUUUGUUUGUUUGAUUGUUUUUACUAAUUUAAGGGAGUGAUUUAUAGGUUGGAUUCCUUUUCCAGAAGUUGUGAAAGAUUCAUUCCUAUGCUUCAGGUCCUUUCUUUAUAUAAAGUGAAUCAGAAUUCAUUGUAUACCUAUAUAUUUUAAGAGCUCUGAUCAGUAAUAUAAUCCCCCACAGUACUUUUGUUACUAAAGUCAACAUAUAUCUCCAGCUAUGCUUUUUUCAGCAUAAGCAUAUGGGGAUUUGGGUUCUGCUCUGCUUUUUGAAGAGAUUUUUUUUGUUUUUUUAAAUAGGGCAGUGGUUGCUCCAGUUGAAUUAGGAGGGAGAAGGUACAGAGUGUGGUAAAGAGAGGGGAAUAAGAAAGCAUUAUCUUUGAGAACUUUUUUAUUUCUAAAAAUAAGAUCUUUCCUUAAGCACAAAUAUAUAUGACCUGAUACAUGGAAAUUGAUGUUUUUACAUAAUUUAUAGUCAAGUCUUGAUACAAUGUAUUAAUAGACUAUAGUUUCAUUUAAAUUUGAUCCUGUCCAUUCACCAAUCUCUCUAAAAAAUACCCCUUAAUAUUCUUGCCUGAAUUUUCCUUUUCAUUGGUCUGUGUAGUGUAAUUCUAAAACUAUCAAUAAGGUUAAUUAAAAAAAAUUAACUUAAUGAUUACUUUGUAUUACAUUAAAUAACUUGCAAUUAGAUUUUGUUUCAUUAUAAACAAGGUUCUAUAUUAUAUAUAUUCACACUACUACAGUCUCACCUAAAUAAAUUGUCUGCAUGUCACAUUACUAGAAUUGUAUAUUUUAUGCCAAAUGUUUGGUACUUCAGGGAGCAGCCAGUUAGUCAGUCAAUAGCUUGAGAAAUCUGCAUGUAUGUACAGAAGCACUGUGACUUGGUUGCAAAGCACUGAAUGUCCGAAUUCAAGCCCUGCCUGGCUAUACCACUGAUCUUUUUUUCAAAUAAGCUAUCCCUCCCUCCCCAUCCUCAGUUUCCCCAUCUGUAAUAUGGAGAUAAAACUUUUUACCUACCUUCCAGGCAUACUGAGGAAUAAAUCUUACAUAAUAUUAAAAGUACUUUGAAAGCAUACAAGAGAAAAUUAUUAUUUGAAGUAGGCACAUUUAAACAUAGACCUAAUACCUCUGAAGAUGUAUCUUGCUAAAUUUUUACCGUACAUAUCAGGAAAUGAAAGACCGAGGGUGACCUAACUCAUCCAUGUUGCAUAUUUGGAGAGUAAUAACCCAUGUGUAAUUGCUGAUGUUAAGCUUUAGUAAAUUUUAUUUAUUUUUUUGUUUACAAAGAUGCAAAUAAAUUGAAAAAAAGUUUUGUGUACUAUUUUGACACUAAUAGCACAAAAUUAUCAUCACAUUUUAAAUUAGUUUUCCAAAGACAAAAUUGUAUAAGUAUGUACAUCUUUAGUACAAAGUAAAAUUGUAUAGGAAGACAGGAAUUAGAGCAUGGUAAUUUUACAGUAGUAGUGCUGAUUCUACAUGCAAACUCCAGUAACCAUGGACACCUAAAAAAGCUAACAUCUUUUCAGCCACUUUCCUGGCAUUAUGUGCUGAACUAAAAAUUUAAAGAUUACAAAUGAAGUCUGUCUACCAUUUAAAUUUACAUUUUGCUUGAAUAUUUCUAUUCCAUGAGUCACCUUAACAUUGUUUUUAUAUUUAUAACAGCACUUUUUAAAAGAUUUACAAGCACUUUAGAACAUUAUAGUCUAUUAGAUUAGUAAACUCGUUUUUAUUUAGACUUUAUUAUGAAAAUUUUGUUACUGUGUUUUAACCGUUCUCACUCUUAAGACCUAACUGGAUAGUGGUUGGUUUUUUGUUUUGUUUUUUAGUAAUUAAAACAUUGAGAAUUCUGGUCCUAACUGUAUAAUGAAACACCUCUCUUCAUUGAACUCCCUAAAGAAUAGCCAACUUUAUCUCUGACUCUUUUAACAUUUCUUUUCCACUGUAAUUAUUUGUCUUUUGCCAUUCACACUUAGGAAAGCUUGCACAGUGUUCAGUGAUGAAAGUUUUCAAAUCUGAAAAAGUGUGAAGGGUGAAUGACAAUAAGUCAGAUGUUUCCUUUUAUUUGGAAUAAAGGGAAGUACAAUUUUUGGGUUCGGUCUAACGUCUACUGUCUAUCCUAAAGUGAAGUCAUAAUACACUUGGGUUUGUUAGAAUGUUUAUUAAAUUUUUUUGGUCAUUUUUUCCUCCAAAGUGAAAGACACCCUUUCUCCUCAAGUGUAAUUCUUUAUCUUCCUCAAAACUCUUGGUUCUAAUAAUUAGGAGGAAAAUCGUACCUAAUAAAAAAACCAUAGCAUUAUUCAAGCUGUGCCAUGACAUCACCUAGCUCAUGAUAUGUAUCAUAGCCAGAUAAACUUUUCUUUCUGUAUUACCAUGCUAUAACGUAUCCUUGUAAACUCCACUCCCUAUUUCCUAUUGACAUAUGGAUAAUAUCCUCAUUUCAAGAAAAUAACAGGAAUUGUAACAAUAAAUAGUUCCAAUGAAUGUGUUUGUCUGAGGCAGGGAGAGAAUGAA